ACGCACACACACCGCCACCAUCAUCAUCACUCCUCCUCCUCCUCUUGUACCCAGCCCCUCCCUUUCCGUCCGUGCUCGCCUCUCUCCUCUCUUCAGUCUUGCCUGCCUGUCAGAAAGGUGCUUUAGUGUUGGAGGCUAGGCUACCCUCCUCUCGGACCCUGUACGAGAGCCUGCCGCCGCCGCUGUCGUACCCCAAGGCUCGGGCUCCCCUCUCACGGCUCCAACCAUGGCAACCACCGCUACUUCCACCCGGUUUACCGACGAGUACCAGCUAUACGAGGAGCUCGGGAAGGGAGCUUUUUCAGUGGUGCGUAGGUGUGUAAAGAAGUCAUCAGGACAAGAAUAUGCUGCAAAAAUAAUCAACACUAAGAAGCUGUCUGCAAGAGACCACCAGAAGCUUGAGAGAGAGGCUCGUAUCUGCCGUCUCCUGAAACACCCCAACAUCGUGAGACUCCAUGACAGCAUUUCAGAGGAAGGCUUUCAUUACCUAGUCUUUGACCUGGUGACAGGAGGAGAGCUUUUUGAAGACAUUGUAGCCAGGGAGUACUACAGUGAGGCCGAUGCCAGUCACUGCAUUAGUCAGAUCUUGGAGAGUGUCAAUCAUAUCCACCAGCAUGAUAUUGUGCACAGAGACCUCAAGCCUGAGAACUUGUUGUUGGCCAGUAAGAUGAAGGGAGCUGCAGUGAAGCUGGCAGACUUUGGACUUGCUAUUGAAGUGCAGGGGGACCAGCAAGCUUGGUUUGGGUUUGCAGGCACUCCUGGCUAUCUCUCCCCUGAGGUCCUGAGGAAGGACCCCUAUGGCAAGCCUGUGGACAUAUGGGCUUGUGGUGUUAUUCUCUAUAUCUUGUUAGUGGGAUAUCCACCAUUCUGGGAUGAAGAUCAACAUAAACUCUAUCAGCAGAUCAAAGCUGGGGCGUACGAUUUCCCAUCUCCAGAGUGGGACACAGUGACCCCUGAGGCAAAGAACCUGAUCAACCAGAUGCUGACGAUUAACCCAGCCAAGAGAAUCACUGCUGAACAGGCCCUCAAACACCCAUGGAUCUGCCACCGUUCUACAGUGGCAUCAAUGAUGCACAGGCAGGAAACAGUCGAAUGUCUCCGCAAGUUCAAUGCUCGCCGAAAACUCAAGGGAGCCAUUCUCACCACCAUGCUGGUGUCCAGAAACUUCUCAGUGGGCCGGCAGCAUACCAACUCUGCUGCUGCCGCCUCCUCCACGGCCUCACUGGCUCAGGAAGCAUGCAAAAGUUUACUCAACAAGAAGUCAGAUUCUGCAAAGCCUUCUACCAACAACAGUAAGAACAGUAUAGUGAGUGCCAUCAAUGCCCUGAAAGACACCAACAUGGCAACGAACGCACAGAUGGAAUCUCAAAGCACAGUGGUGCACAAUGCUCCCGAUGGAGUCAAGGGAUCAACAGAGAGCAACGCCACCAACGACGAGGAAGAAAUGAAAGGUAGGAAAGCGGACAGUACGGCGCUGAGUCAGAGCAGUGCCACAGAGGAGAUGCCCCCACUUCUGCCCUCACCUCAAAGCUCACCUGCCAUUCCACCGCAUGACGUAAAGCGCAUUGCAUGGAACAGCACAGGCAACAGUUCCUGCCCCGAGUCAGAGCUCUCACAGUCAUCCAUGCCUGCCGCUCCACUAGGGAGCAACACUGUCGCUGCUAAAAGCAACACUAAGCAGACUCGUAAACAGGAGAUCAUCAAGAUUACGGAGCAGCUGAUUGAAGCAAUCAACAAUGGAGAUUUCGAUGCCUACACGAGGAUUUGUGAUCCUGGACUCACCUCCUUCGAGCCUGAGGCUCUGGGAAACCUGGUGGAGGGCAUGGACUUUCACAAGUUCUACUUUGAAAACUUGCUGAGCAAGAACAGCAAGCCCGUGCAUACCACCCUGCUCAACCCACAUGUGCACCUGAUCGGUGAGGAUGCCGCAUGCAUCGCCUACAUCCGGCUCACACAGUUCGUGGAUUCCACAGGCCGUCCCCGUUCCAGCCAAUCAGAGGAGACCAGAGUGUGGCAUCGUCGCGAUGGAAAGUGGCUUAAUGUCCAUUUCCACUGCUCAGGAGCGCCUGCUGCACCACUACAGUGAUCAGUGGUCCUGAGCCUCCAGUCUACUGGAGUGUGUGUUUUGGGGGGCAGUGUUUUUUCAGCGAGUGUGUUUAAGAGGUCCGUCCUCUGCGUGGAUUGGCUAGUGCCAGGAGCCCGGCCGGGCGAGAUCGCAUCCCUCUCCACGAUACCAACCAAUCCUGUCCCUCCUUUGACCUGCUGGGGGCCGGCUGAACACAAGACUCCGCCUCCAUGGGAUGAUGCAUGCAUCUGGCGCCUGAUUGGAGGGCGCGUCUUUGCCCUCUGUCCCUCCUCUGGCAGCCAUCUUUUUUCUGCCCGCGCGAGAUGAGACGUCCUGGGGGAGGAGAGGAUUUACAGUUGAACUUGUGACAGUUUAUGAGUAUGAGUUAUGAAUAUACUGUGUAAAUUAUGACUAGAUGUACCAGAAACCACCAAAACCCAACUAAGCAUUUAUAUUCACUAUAAUAACGGAGGAACAGGGAGGAGUGAGAAGUUAGCAGCUGGGAUUUGGACACUUUAGGGAUUACUGGGUAGAACAUGUUGUGCUCACUACCUGGACGUUGAUGUUAAGAUUUAGGGAGAUUUUUUUCCCCACUGAAUUAAAGAGGGAAAAACGAUCAGGUUGGCUCAGUCAGACAACUUGAUAUCAAAAACAUGAAGCACCAAAGUGUAGAACUUUAGGCUUUUUAUGUGUUUGUGUGCUUGUUUGUUUGUUGGGUUUUUUUUUUGUUUGUUUGUUUUUCUCUGUUGGUUGUUUGUUUUUUUUCGCCAGAACGGAAACUGUGUUAUUGUGGGGGUGUGUGAAUCGGGGUUAUGUGUUCUGUUGUAUUUUUAGCAUCCUGAUCCCUUUGCGUUCCUCUGAAUGACCGGAGCCUUUUUUUUUUUCUUUAAUAUAUUUUCUGGCUCCUUUUUAAGCAGCUAAGUUUUAUUUUUAUUUUAUUUUUUUUUUUUUAAAAGAGGGAUUUUAUUGUGCAAAUUUAAAACUAGCUUUAGCGUGCUAGCAGGUUCUGUUGUGUCUAUAUGCAGUGGAGGGAGAGAGUGGGCUGCUGCCUCUCCCUCAUUAAUCCCUUCUCUUUUAACCACUUUCUUUUUUUAACCUUCUCUCCCACGCUGUUUCUCUGCUUUCUGUAAGGCCCUGGUUUGUUUAUAAUCACUGUGUAAAUACAGUGUAUGUAUAGAUAUAUGUAGAAAAGUGUAAUAUAUGUACAUGUAUCGAGACACUCAUCCUGUGCACUUGGGAGUGGGAAUCACCCCAUGACCUCUGUGAUCUCCCCCAGUAGUUUAGGAGCAACAUUUUUCUCCAUAGUUGAAAUUCUGCACCUUUUAAAAUACUUCCUUAAAAUAUUAGUAGCUCUCGAUCGAUCGUGACAAACAUGAAUACACACACUUGUGUAGGCUACCAGCUUUAGAUCCAUGGCCGUACGACUGUUUUUGGAGACGGAGAAUAAAAGAAAUAACAGGUUGAAAAGCAGUUUGAACCCCCCCACCCCCACCCCAGUGUAAUAGAUGCAUAUUUAAAUAUGAAGACCUUCAUGAUAGUGUCCUUAGUCCUGAUCCCACAAUGCUGUGAGCCAUCUUUUCAUAUCAUAUGCACCCGUGCACGCCUGGUGGGGUUUUUUAGGCUUUGUAACAUAUCCGCACCGCUGCUGUGACCAUCGGCGCCACCCUCGCCGUGCUGCUUAAUUGUCUCCAUCCAUCUGCGACAGUCGUAUCCGAAAUCCUCUUCCCCAAUAUGUCCGCCCCCCCCGUGUUCGGACUCUGCUCUUGAGAUGUUUAUUUGUGUAUCUCUCUCUCUCGCUCUCUCUCUCUCGCUCUCUCUCUCUCUUUGUUGUUUCCGUGUUACUGGUUUGAGUUCUUUCGUUGUUGUUGCUGUUAACUUUGUCGUUUUGGUAAUUUGCCGAUCUGCCAAGCUGGAGUUCUGCACUCUCCCUUGCACACAGGAGGAAAAAAAAAAAAAAAAAUGGGGAAAAGAGGGAAGCAGUAAAGAUGAUGUGAAAUUAUAGAUACUGAUCAGGACUAAAUUAUUUGUCUAAUCUACCCUUGGUGGUUUUAAAUCAUGCCUGCUCAGUUGAGAGGAGUUUUGAGAACGUUCUGAUGUGGGCGUGCAGGUUUUUUGGGACCUACACAUGUUGCGAAGCAGAGCGGGAGACCUAGUUAUAUGCAUGUUUCAGUUACACAUUUCUACCAUGUACCUACCUGAAUACGGAUGGAGCUAGUGUUAAUAUGAUAUUUGCAUCUUUUGAAAUAUGAAUUUCCUCCAUCCAGAAUGUUGAAUAGGUGACAUGAAAAAUAUUUAAAAAAAUGCAAAAUUCAAAGAAAAAAAAAAAAGGAUUCAGGAGCCGUAGCUUGGUAUGAGGCCCUUGAUGUUUUCCCUGCGUUGUAAUGAUAUAAUAUUGGGCUGCGCUUUCUCCCCAGCCUUCACAUGGAUGCUGGAGUUUUUUUGCAUGAUCAUGAUGUACAAUGAAAUACAACCAUGAAUUGACGACUAUCAAGUGUUUGUCUGAGUGUUAGUUGGUCUUCAUCAUAGCUUUGUUAUUCUUCAAACUUGGAUCUUGAAAGUAUUUAAUAAAAAUACUAUUUCAGCACUG